AUGGUUGGAUUUUUUGAAAAGCUCGGGAUUAAGAGGAAACGAUUAAAUUUAAUUGUUUGUGGAUUGGAAGGAUCUGGAAAGAGUACAUUAGUGAAUCAUUUAAAGUCGACAUCGGAACAGAAGGAAAAUAUAAUACCCACAGCUGGUUACAGCCUGGAGGAAUUUAGUAGGAAUGGGUUUUUAUGUAGAUUAUUUGAUUUGAGUGGAGCUGGAAAGUACAGAUCAAUGUGGAAGUACUUUUUCGAAAAUUUAGAAGGAAUAAUGUUUGUGGUGGAUAUUACGGAUACAAAGAGGUUGUGUGUAGCGAGGGAUGAACUGCAUGAUUUACUUUCGAAUAAAGCACUGCAUGGAGUGCCAAUACUAGUCUGUGCAAACAAGAUUGAUGUCGAACAAAAGAAAGUAUCCCUUGCACAGAUACACAACAUUUUAAGCUUGGAAGGAAGCAAUAGAGAAUGGAAAAUCGAAGGAACCUCAGGUAAAGAAGGAACAGGAAUAGAAGAAUCAUUCAGAUGGUUAAUUAAUUCAGCAGCAACUUUUGUAAGAGCAAAGAAAGAAGCUGAAAGGCAGAUCAUUGUUUCUAAUCAGCAAGUUCAAAAAUCCGAUGGCUUAAAUUAA